UUUAAUAUGAAAAGGUUUAUCAUGAUAUUGCUCACAUUUAGCAUCAAUUGCUCUGCAGCUCAAAAGCCACCAAUAAUUGAGCCGAAUGAGAAACUGGAACAGGAUGGCUUUAGUUGCCCAAAAAGCUGUGUGUGUCAAUAUGCCGCCUUCGAAAAAUUGCCAAUUGUUCGUUGGGUUAAAUAUUAUAAAGCAAAGGGUGGUAAUAACGAAAACUUCACAAAACUGGCCACAUGCCUUCUGCAGCCAAAAGGUGAACCGAAAACACUAUUGGAUUCACUUCCUGCCAAUUUGCAAGCUUUGAUUUUAUUGUACACAGGGGGCAACAAAGAAAAUCAACUGUCAGUAAACGCUAGCGACUUUCGAAAACUUAAACAGUUAACAUCAUUGGAGUUCCGAGGAUCGGGAGCCACUAUGAUCAUUGACGAGCCGAUGGAUUUCUUGAUGCAUGCCAAUUUUGAGGAGAUUCAGUUGCAGGCCAGCGAAGUGCUUCAACGUCCCAAAUUCGCAAAGCUACCCAGGGAAGAUUACGACUACAAGCCGCCAAGCGAACUCCUUUCGCAUAACGACAACCAAAAAUAUUCGCUUCAAUUUAUAAAUUCUUCCGCAGAAAUAAUAACUUAUGAGCAGCACAUUCAACGACUAAAACAGACGCGGAUGCCAUGUUUCUACGGAUGGUCACGUUUAGAAGUAUUACGCAUUCACAAUUGCGAUCUGAAUGAGCUCCAUUGGCAAAUGUUUGAUGGGCUGGCCCAGUUGAGACACUUAAGUCUGGAGAGGAAUAACAUCCGAGAGCUACCGCCAUUUGUGUUUUCAGGGGCUUUGCAAUUGAAAAGUAUCUCCUUGGCCCACAAUUCAGUGGAACGAUUGCACUAUUUGGGUUUAGCAGGAUUACUUCAGUUGGAGACACUUAAUCUGUCUGAAAACCAGCUAGAUCGCUUGAGUGAACUAAGCUUUCCGCCCCUUCCCAAAUUACUAAUAGCCGACUUGCAAGGCAAUCCAUUGAAACACAUUUUACCGGCUACAUUUUGGGUGAUGAACGCAACAAGAGAGCUCUUUAUAGGAAGUGAUAAAGCAGCUCUAAAUCUUCGCACUUGGAACAUUUACGGGCAAUUCGAUUCGCUCCAUAACCUAAAAACGCUUAAGCUAGCCAAUGUUACCACGGAAGCAUUGGAGAACGGCGUAUUCAUGGGUCUUCAAAACUUAGAAUUUCUUACAUUACGUGGCACGAUCGACAGUCUACAAUUUGAUGCGUUCGCUGGGUUAAAUAUGUUAAAGGAUCUAGACAUAAGUCACUGCAUGCUUCGGGAGCUAUCCAUGGACUCACUAGUGGGCUUGAAACGGCUGCAGCUGCUCAACUUAAGUCACAAUAAUCUCACAAGUGUUCCGCCAGGUUUACUGGAUGAUCACGUUGAGCUGCAAGAGGUUCACCUACAAGGAAACCAACUAACAUUUUUACCUCUGCAAUUUUUUAACUUGCCACGCGUUAGGGUUGUUCGCCUUGAUCAAAAUCCAUGGCAGUGUACAUGCCAGAUGAGCAGUUGGGUGGCACACUUAACGAAUGUAAUGCGUGGACCUAUGAAAAAGUUAUGCAUCAAAGGCAACGAUAACAUUCUUUUAUGUAGAAAUGUAACUACAUAUAACAUAGACAAAAGCCUAGCACCACGAUGCGCCAAUUAUAACGGACGCAGUGUUUACUACGUUCUUCGAAGGCAGAUAAACUGUGGUGCCAUGAAAAUCAUUCAACCUUUUUAUCAGGGCGCAGGAUUGCCAUACUGGCAAAAAGUACUACUGCAAGAAAUAAAUUUGUGGCCAAGGAAGCGAAAUCCACAAAAUAUUUCAAAUAAAAAACAAACCAAUAGUCUCGAGUUUGUUAUACGAAAAGAUGAACUGCUGUCCAACCCUCAGCCGUCUCAAUCAAAAAUAUUCAAUAAUAUUUAAGAUAUUUAUAUUUUUGUACGAUUAAGGCCUCAGUAUCUUCAGCCUUAUGUAAGUCACCCUGUUGGUAAUGUUCUAAUUCUAGAUAUUUAAGUUAAUGUUUAUUUUCCUGAAAUUUAGAAACAAAAAACAAAGUAACGAUGACACAUUCAACUUAAAAAACGUUUAUAGCAUUUUGUGAUGAUUAAUAUUAACC